UUUGCAGGUCCAUGUGCGUCUAGGAUAAGGAGCUUCACAUCUGCUGGAGAAGCUAUCGCGAGCUGUUUUACUCGCUGCGGAACAGACGAGAGAGGCACGCAAAAAAGUUGGACCACCUACGUCAGAUACGUCAGGCUGCAUCGAGGCCCGACCCAGCAUCGUCAACAUGUCAUCGCCAUCAGGAUCCUCCCACAGCGGCAAGCGCAAGAGAACCGCUGCCGCCGUCGCCGACCGCAACCUACAGGACGGCGCUCUGCAGACAUCCUCGCGAGAUGCCUCGGGCGAGGAUGGUGAUACCACCGCACCAGAGUCGUCGCGACAGACCAGACGGAGCGCCAACGGCACGAGCUUGAACCCUAACAAGAGACAACGGGCCAAUUCAGAGCGAGUUCUGGACAAUGGCAACAGCAACAAUGUGCUCGAUCCCGGUGAGCCCAGUGACACCACUGAAGCCAGCGUCGACAUUGCUGAGAGGGUUGGCCGAAAAGCGCGGAAGAGCGUAUCCAAGGAUGUCGAGGAGGAGAAGAAGAAGGCGAUGGCUCCGCCGCCCAUUGGCGAACUCACGCACCCCGUGGGUUUCAAGACAAACGCCCCUCCAGUUGGCCGCACCGUGAGGGUAUACGCAGACGGAGUCUUUGACCUGUUCCACCUUGGACACAUGCGCCAGCUUGAGCAAGCGAAGAAGGCCUUCCCCGACACAACCCUCGUCGUAGGCGUCACUGGCGACGGUGAGACCCACAAGCGCAAGGGGUUGACGGUCAUGUCUGCAAAGGAGCGUGCCGAGUCCGUGCGACACUGCAAAUGGGUAGACGAAGUGAUUGAAGACUGCCCAUGGAUCGUCAGCCCAGAGUUCCUCGAAGAGCACCGCCUCGACUAUGUCGCCCACGAUGACAUCCCGUACGGCGCAGACGAGGGAGACGACAUCUAUCAACCCAUAAAGAAAGCCGGCAAGUUUCUCGUUACGCAGCGAACGGAGGGUGUCAGCACCACUGGCAUCAUUACAAGGGUCGUCCGUGAUUACGAAAAAUACAUCAGUCGACAGUUUAAGCGUGGCACUUCUCGCCAAGAGCUCAAUGUCAGCUGGCUGAAGAAGAACGAGAUAGAUCUCAAGCGCCACGUACAAGACCUCCGUGACAAUAUUACCAACAACUGGGCUACCACCGGCCAGGAGCUCAGCCGAGAACUGAAGCAGUUCUGGCCCACCAGCCGACCACAGAGCCCAGCCCGGUUCAACAGCUCAGGAAGCGACAUUGCACGAUCCCCUACCACGCCUGGAGAGCGAAACUCGAAGGAGUUUAUUACCGGCUAUGCGCUUGGAUUGGUUGGUGGUGUGAAAUCAUGGAUGUCAAAGAACCGAAGAACAGUCACGGAUAGCCACCCCGCAAGCGAUGACGACUCUGAAGAGAGCGACGGCAACGGAAGGCCGGCAGAGCAGAACAACCAUGAGGUGGCCGCUUCAAGCCGCGCGUAGAUUUAAGCAUCAAGGAAGUGCUCCAAAUGUCAAAAAGGAACUGUGCGCGGCCGUAUUGUAUUGCUUCCCGAACCGAGAGAAUGAGAAUGAGAACCUGAAAGUUAUGGUGUCAAAACACGUGACAAAGAAGAAAACGUGAAGGCCAAUUUGUGAUAAUAGAUGGAUUUGUGGUACUAGUAUUGGCGUGUUGGGCUUUUGUUUUAGGGGUUCCGAAAAUGAUUAGUUUCUUAAGUUUUUUUUUUUUUUUAAUGCUCUGAUAUUAAGAUCUACUCUGGAGCGCUGUACCAAUCUUCGCGUUCCGUAGUAUUGGGCAACUGUAUAAUGGAAGCUAUUUUUGUCAUAUGAAACACUUGAAUGUCUGCAAGGCUACGUAUAUGCAACGAUUGUAUCAUGGCUCACUCGGCGUAUUCUUCUUUUGGUUACAGAGUGUUGGUUUUGCUACUGACUCAGAUGACACUUACAUAUACGAAGAGACGCAAGGAGGAAGGAGAUGACCGAAGAUGAGCUGAAUGUACGCGUGUGAUAGGGCUGUUUGUGACGGGAGGUUUACAAUUACGACUCUGUGGUAGCCCCAAAAAAACGGAUGAAGGACAGAUCAGCCUUGAUGACGGGCAUGAGGGGGUUCACAAACAUGUCCGAUACGACUGCUACCAUGCAGCCUUAUCCGCGACAGGCCAUGUCAUGUCAUGCCAUUGUAUUGCUUCUCCUUUGUCCGAUGUCUUUUCGUUUCGUCUGAUGUGGGAAGGCUACCUAAGUAAGAAUGAAUCGAGAUGCACGCCGCCGGUUGCUAAUAUUAGAAACUGGGUUUCGUUUCUUUCAUCCUACAAUGUGUAGCUUGGGGUUCCGACAAUCCGGGUUGCCAGCCUGGUGUUGCUUCUUGCGGCUAUUGAGCACCUGUGAGGGUGUG